UGUUACUCAAUCUCUUGAGGUUGCUGGGAGCCUGGGGAGGCCCUUUGUCCUCUGUCAGUGUCCCCGGGCAGAGGAGACCACAGCAGAAGAUUCAGACCUGGCUCUCCAAGGACCCUCCCUCUAACGCAGCUGCUUGGACACAAUCUCUGAGCUGGACCAUGGUGCUGGCAGUGGGAUGGGUCACCUUCUUCCUACUGGGGCUCUGGGUGCUCCUGGAACCAGGCCUGUGCUCCCCUGGCCGCCCCAUGUGGCACUAUGUUGAAUCUGAGGAGGUGAUUCCUAGGAAGGGGAUGCACCCUGGCAAAGGUGUUGAGAUGCCAGGCUGGGUCUUCUACAGCCUGCACUUUGGGGGCCAAAGACACGUCAUCCACCUUCGGAGCAAGAAAUUUAUUUGGCCCAGACACCUGCUAAUGAUGACCCAGGAUGACCAAGGAGCCUUGCAGAUGGACUACCCCUACAUUCCAACGGACUGUUACUACUUUGGCUACCUGGAGGACAUCCCUCUGUCCACUGUCACCAUUGACACGUGCUACGGGGGCUUGGCAGGUGUCAUGAAAUUGGAUGACCUGACCUACGAAAUCAAACCCCUCCAGGACUCGCACAUAUUUGAACACGUUGUUUCUCAGGUAGUGGCCGACUACAACACUACAGGGCCAACUCCAUACAGACAGGAACAAAACAAGGGCUCACACCUCUUGCUCUCUGUCUCUGAGUAUGAGUACUUCAAUAAAACCCUGCUACAGGUACGCUGUGGCAACUCCGAGGUGGAAGGAAACGAGCAAUGUGACUGUGGCUCCUUUAAGCAGUGUUAUGCCAAUCGAUGUUGUCAAAAUGACUGUCGGUUCUCAUUUGGAAGUGUUUGUAAUAAAGAAAAAUGCUGCACAAACUGCACCUACUCCCCUUCUGGAACUCUCUGCAGACCCAUCAUGAACCCAUGUGACCUUCCAGAAUACUGCACCGGGUCCACCAUCACGUGCCCUGAAGAUUUUUAUAUUCAAGAUGGAGCACCGUGCACUGAGGAGGGCUACUGCUACCGCGGGAGCUGCAGUGACCCCAGUAUGCACUGCAAAGAGAUCUUUGGCGAAGGUGUACAUAAUGGUCAUGACAGCUGCUAUGAAGUGAACACCAUAGGGUUCCGAUUUGGCUUUUGUUUUAGAUAUCCUGAAACCAAUCGUUUCAGAGCGUGUUCUCAGGAAGACAGGAAGUGUGGGAGGCUGCAGUGCACCAAUGUCAGCACUGUCCCCAAGCUGCAGCAACAUGUUUCCUUCCACCAGUCUUUGUAUGAUGAUGUCUUCUGCUUCGGGUUAGAUCAACACCGUGGGACUGGAGCCAAUGAUGUUGGACACGUGAGAAAUGGCACUCCCUGUGCUGACGGCCUUUUCUGUAUCAACUCCUUUUGCAAUGGGUUGAUGGCUGAACGGCAGUAUGACUGCACCCCUGAGAAGUGCAGCUUCAGAGGAGUUUGCAACAAUAGAAAGAACUGCCACUGCCAUGUGGGCUGGAGGCCCCCACUGUGCCUCAGUACUGGUCCUGGUGGGAGUUCAGACAGCGGCCCCCCCACCCAGAAGAGUCUGUAAAUAAGAAGCAGCCUGGGACCGAUCUACGUUUGGAGAGUGAUCCUGGGUUGUAUUUGUGCUUUAAUUUGUGUGCUGCUCUUCGGGGUAGCCACAAACGUACGAACCGUUAAAAUUACCACGGUCAAGAAACAAGAAAUCCCUGAAAAACCUCAACCACAGUAGAGUGGCAGUUGGCCUCCGGACCCCUGUGCAAAUGUAGAGACUGUAAUGGGAACUUCUGUGACUCAGUGGGAGAAGCUACACUGUUCAGGGUCAUGUGCCUUG